AUGUCAAGGUUGUCCCUUAGUCCAAGGAGUUUCCUGCUCCGAUGCAGACAAUCAUAUAGCACUUCGGCGCGCUACCUACAAGAAGCACGGCCGCCAACUGCGCCGAAGCAGCAACCGCCUCUCUCACAGAUCAGACACAACGUCGAAGCAUACGAAAAAAAUGUCGUGGUACGAAACUACAGGAGCCACAAGGGCAUCCCUGGUGAGAUCCGAGAUAACGUGGAGGAAAUCAACGAGAUCGACAGUUUGCUGAAGGAGCCCCGUCAGAGGUUGAAAGAGCUGCAGAAACAAGUGAACAAGGACAAGAACUCAAGAGAAGCUGCAAUUGCAGAGAUGAGGCCGAUUCGAGAACAGAUGGAAUCACUUUUGAAAAGGCAGGAUGAGAUUUCCGACAAAACCCAUAGUCUGGCUGUGUCGCUGCCGAAUCUGACGUCUGCAACAACACCGCUUGACGGCGAGCCAAAACUGAUACAAUAUAUCAAUUACGAUCCCGAGCAUCCACCAACCUACGGCAAGUCUGCAGACCAUACGAUGAUAGGGGAUAAGCUGAAACUCUUGGAUUUCACGUCCUCUUCCUCAACCUCGGGUUGGGGAUUCUAUUACUUAUUGAACGAAGCAGCUCGACUUGAGCAAGCACUCAUCCAGUUCGCUCUCUCCCAAGCCAUGAAACGUGGCUGGUCAGUGGUCAGCCCUCCGUCCCUGGUCUACUCCCACAUGGCCGCAUCCUGUGGAUUCCAACCACGAGAUCAAAAUGACGAACAGCAGAUAUGGCAAGUUGCACAGUCAGAGAGGGAUGCUGGGAAACCGACCAGGAGCCUAGCAGCCACAGCGGAGAUUCCACUAGCCGGCCUGUAUGCGAACAAGGGCAUUCCAGAAGCAGAGUUGCCCAUAAAACUCGUUGGAAGCAGUCGGUGCUAUCGAGCAGAGGCCGGCGCACGUGGAGUCGACACCAGGGGUCUUUAUCGUGUGCAUGAGUUCACCAAGGUCGAAAUGUUCGGCUGGUCGAAUUGCCCUACCCCCGAUGAGAAUAUUCCGAGCGACGCGGAGCUGACAGUCGAUUCGUCGCGCGUAUGGAGAGAAAUGGUCGAGAUCCAGAUUGACAUCUUGAAAUCCUUGGGGCUGCCAUGUCGUGUACUGCAGAUGCCGUCUACAGAUCUCGGUGCCAGUGCAUUCUGCAAGAUCGACAUCGAGGCCAUGUUCCCAUCCCGCAGGAAUCGCGAUGAUGGAUGGGGUGAAGUCACGUCAGCCUCGAAUUGCACCGACUAUCAAAGCAGAAGGCUCGACACGAGAAUUGUAGAGGCGAAUGGUUCGCGAAAGAAGUUCGCACACACGGUGAAUGGCACCGCAAUGGCGAUCCCACGGGUCCUUGCUGCUAUCUUGGAAAAUGGAUGGCGGGAGGAGCAGGGCUGUGUGAUUAUUCCAGAAGUGCUGAGAGAGUAUAUGGGCGGCAUGAAGCAGAUUGGACCAAAGUAA